CUAUGAUUUUUCAGUUUCUCUUCUAUUUAGUGCUUCAUGUGUCGUACGCCGUACGCCGAACUGCACAAAGGAAUCAAUGGUGGCCCUGGCUGUGCUUGCGCCGUGGCUAGCAUGGCUCGUCGUCUCUGUCCUAUCCUUCUACUUUCUCAACCUCCUAGCGCACGCGCGCUCCGGCCUCCCGCCGGGCCCCCGCCCACUGCCGCUCAUCGGCAGCCUCCACCUCCUCGGCGACAAGCCGCAUCGCUCCCUCGCCCGCCUAGCCAAGAUCCACGGUCCGCUCAUGUCCAUCCGCCUCGGCGCGGUCACCACGGUGGUCGUCUCCUCCCCUGCCAUGGCCCGGGAGUUCCUGCAGAGGCAUGAUUCCGUGCUCGCCAUCCGGUCCGUGCCUGACGCCACCGGCAAGCAUGCGGCGGGCGUAGCCUGGCUGUCCCCCGGGCCAAGGUGGCGCGCGCUCCGCAAGAUCAUGGCCACGGAGCUCUUCGCGCCGCACCGGCUCGACGCGCUCCACCACCUGCGGAGCGGCAAGGUGAGGGAGCUCACAGACCACGUUGCGCGGCUGGCGCGCGAGGGCACGGCGGUGAACGUCGGUCGCGUGGCCUUCACGACGAGCCUCAACCUUAUCUCCCGCACCAUCUUCUCCAUCGACCUCACCAGCCUCGACGACCACGGCGGCUCCGAGGACUUCCAAGAGGUGAUCACGGCCAUGAUGGAAGGCUUGGGGACCCCGAACGUGUCCGACUUCUUCCCGGUGCUCGCGCCGGCCGACCUGCAGGGCAUGCGCCGGCGCCUGGCGCGGAUCUUCGCGCGGCUGCACGCCGUGUUCGACGCCGAGGUGGACAAGAGGCUGCGCGGCCGCCACGCCGGCCAGCCCAGGAAGAACGACUACCUCGACGUGCUGCUCGACGUGGCGGCGCGUGACAAGGGCAAGGACCUGCUGGACCGUGAUACGCUACGCUCACAGUUCACGGAUUUGUUUGCUGCUGGUAGUGACACAAGCUCUAGCACAGUGGAAUGGGCAAUGGCUGAGCUUCUUCGAAACCCAUCAUCAAUGGUUAAGGUUUGUGACGAGCUUGCACAAGUUAUCGGCUCUAGAAGAAACAUUGAAGAAGCUGAUAUUGUUCGGUUGCCCUAUCUCCAAGCUGUCAUAAAAGAGACUUUUCGGCUCCACCCUCCUGCACCACUCUUGUUGCCACGCCAACCAGAGACGACGGUCAAAAUAGCUGGUUACACAAUACCUAAAGGUUCACGCGUGUUCAUAAACGUAUGGGCGAUAGGUCGAGAUAAAGAUGUAUGGACUGAACCUGAGACGUUUAUGCCUGAGAGGUUCUUGGGUUCGGCGAUUGACUUUAGGGGUGUGGAUUUUGAGCUCCUUCCAUUUGGUGCAGGGCGUCGAAUCUGCCCUGGAAUGACUUUGGCAAUUAGGAUGGUGCAUGUGAUGCUUGCUUCCUUGUUAAAUCAGUUUAAGUGGAGUCUUCCUAUUGAGCUGGAACGUGAUGGGAUUGAUAUGCAAGAUCACUUUGGCCUGACACUAGUAAAGAAUGUGCCCCUUUGUAUUAUAGCAACACCGAUUUCAGGAAAAUAAAAGGCACCAUAUUAAGAGUGUUUUAGACGUUGUUAAUGUGUAAUAAUUCAAAUGUAUGAGCCAUGUAAUUUAUAUCAUUAUUUAUGUGACAAAUUUGAUAUUCUCUCAGAGUUCAAA